AUGGAGGUUGUGGAGGAAAGAGCUGCGUCCAGUCGCCAUCGACGCGCCACUGACCGCCGCCGUUCCGCCGCGCCGAGGGUCCCUUUCCUGCUAGAUCUGCCGCCGUCAAGCAUGAAGGGAUGAGGAAAUGGCGUCGUGAGUUGGGACUGAUCCUUUUACAUCCGUUGGAUUUGACCGGAGAGGGAAGUGGUGACGGUGGUGGAUGUUGGUGCUGGGUUAGCACCGCCACUGCUGCUGGCCGUUUCGAGCUGCUCCGCCGUCUCUGUCGCCGGAGAACCUCACUGCCGUCGCUGGAGGACUCUUCCGUUGAUCCACCGGAGCUUCUGGCCGCCGCCGGAGUUGUGCUGGGGCCGGUUCAAAAUCCCAGCUGCUUCGUGUUGUUAUUCCGAGCUGUUUAUGCUGCUUCAAAAAUGUGUGGGGCUGUGCUUUGAAGCUACCUUUGAUUUCGAGUUGAGGCGAAAAGAACGUAUGAGGCGUUUGGAUUAUGGAAUUGCGUUUUGAGGUAGGGGCGCUUUCCAAAAACUAUAUUUUUAUAUAUUGGAAUUAUUACAUAUGGAUACUGAUGUGAGAGAAUGUG